CAAAACUUUGCCUUGCCACACGACUGUUUUCCGCCCUGUCUCCGCCGCUUAGAGCCAGCUAUUCUGGUCGAAACCAACCCAGUACCGUUUCAUCUUCUGAGGAGACCCGACUGACUGCACCGAAAUGGGGUAUGGACGGUCAGACAGCUACCGCGUGGCCACCACGCAGGACAAGGAUAAGAAGGAGUCGCCCAAAAAGAAGGGAGGCAAGGAUCUGGAUGAUCUCAAGAAGGAAGUUCCCAUAACGGAACACAAAAUGUCUGUUGAGGAAGUUUGCCGGAAAUACGCCACUGAUAUCGUCCAGGGUUUGACCAAUGCCAAGGCAGCAGAGUACCUGAUCAGGGACGGCCCAAACGCCCUGACUCCACCCCCCACCACCCCGGAGUGGGUCAAGUUCUGUCGCCAGCUGUUCGGGGGCUUCUCCAUCCUGCUGUGGAUCGGUGCCCUCCUCUGCUUCCUGGCCUACGCCAUCCAGGCUGCCACUGAGGACGAGCCCGCUGGGGAUAACCUGUACCUGGGUAUCGUGCUGUCAGCUGUCGUCAUCAUCACCGGCUGCUUCUCCUACUUCCAGGAAGCUAAGAGCUCCAAGAUCAUGGAGUCCUUUAAGAACAUGGUCCCUCAGCAAGCCCUGGUGAUACGUGAGGGAGAAAAGAUGCAGAUCAACGCUGAGCAGGUGGUGGCAGGAGACCUGGUGGAGGUGAAAGGAGGAGACAGGAUCCCCGCUGACCUCCGCAUCGUCUCCUCCCACGGCUGCAAGGUGGACAACUCAUCCCUGACCGGUGAAUCCGAGCCUCAGACGCGGUCCCCUGACGGCACCCAUGACAACCCCCUGGAAACCCGUAACAUCGCCUUCUUCUCCACCAACUGUGUCGAAGGAACAGCGCGCGGCAUCGCUGUCUGCACUGGAGAUCGUACAGUGAUGGGCCGCAUCGCCACCCUCACCUCAGGCCUGGAGACUGGCAAGACACCUAUUGCUAAGGAGAUCGAACACUUCAUCCAAAUCAUCACAGGCGUGGCCGUCUUCCUCGGCGUGUCGUUCUUCAUCCUGUCAAUCGUCCUGGGUUACUCCUGGCUGGAGGCCGUCAUCUUCCUCAUCGGAAUCAUUGUUGCUAAUGUUCCCGAGGGACUGCUGGCCACCGUCACUGUGUGCCUGACGCUGACCGCUAAGCGUAUGGCUCGUAAGAACUGCCUGGUGAAGAACCUGGAGGCUGUAGAGACUCUGGGCUCCACCUCUACCAUCUGCUCCGACAAGACGGGCACCCUGACUCAGAACAGGAUGACGGUGGCCCACAUGUGGUUCGACAACACCAUCCACGAGGCUGACACCACCGAGGACCAAUCUGGCUCCUCCUUCGACAAAAGCUCCGCAACAUGGGUGUCUUUGGCCCGCAUAGCCGCUCUGUGCAACCGUGCUGUGUUCAAGGCUGCCCAGGACACUCUUCCCAUCCUGAAGCGCGAUGUAGCCGGCGACGCCUCCGAGUCCGCCCUGCUGAAGUGUAUCGAGCUGUCCUGCGGCUCCGUCAAGGCCAUGAGGGAGAAGAACAAGAAGGUGGCCGAGAUCCCCUUCAACUCCACCAACAAGUACCAGCUCUCAAUUCAUGAAACUGAAGAGGGAAACGAAAACAGCUACCUGUUGGUGAUGAAGGGAGCACCAGAGAGGAUACUCGACCGCAGCUCCCACAUCAUGGUGCAGGGCAAGGAGCAGCCCAUGGACGAGGAGAUGAAAGAGGCUUUCCAGAAUGCCUACCAGGAACUGGGAGGACUGGGAGAGAGAGUAUUGGGAUUCUGCCACGUGUUCCUGCCAGAGGACAAGUAUCCAAAAGGUUUUGCCUUUGACACGGAUGAAGUCAACUUCGAGACGGACAACCUUUGCUUCGUGGGCCUCAUGUCCAUGAUCGACCCUCCCCGUGCAGCAGUGCCUGACGCCGUGGGCAAAUGCCGCUCGGCUGGCAUCAAGGUUAUCAUGGUGACUGGUGACCACCCAAUCACAGCUAAGGCCAUUGCAAAGGGUGUGGGCAUCAUCUCGGAGGGCAACGAGACAGUGGAAGACAUUGCAGCACGUCUCAACAUUCCUGUCAGCCAGGUCAACCCACGAGAUGCGAAGGCCUGUGUGAUCCACGGAACAGAUCUGAAAGACCUCAGUCAGGACCAGAUGGACGACAUUUUGAGGAACCACACAGAGAUCGUGUUUGCCAGAACCUCCCCACAGCAGAAACUCAUCAUUGUAGAAGGCUGCCAGAGACUGGGUGCCAUCGUGGCUGUGACAGGUGACGGUGUGAACGACUCCCCUGCCCUGAAGAAGGCUGACAUCGGGGUUGCCAUGGGAAUCUCCGGCUCGGACGUGUCCAAACAGGCAGCCGACAUGAUCCUGCUGGACGACAACUUCGCCUCCAUCGUCACUGGAGUGGAAGAAGGUCGUCUGAUCUUUGACAACCUGAAGAAGUCCAUCGCGUACACUCUGACCAGCAACAUCCCAGAGAUCACCCCCUUCCUCUUCUUCAUCUUGGUCAACAUCCCCCUGCCUCUGGGCACCAUCACCAUCCUCUGCAUUGACCUGGGUACUGACAUGGUACCAGCCAUCUCUCUGGCCUAUGAAGCAGCAGAGAGUGACAUCAUGAAGCGCCAGCCCAGAAACCCACUGAGGGACAAACUGGUCAACGAGAGACUCAUCAGCAUCGCCUACGGACAGAUCGGUAUGAUCCAAGCUCUUGGCGGCUUCUUCGCAUAUUUUGUCGUCUUGGCAGAAAAUGGUUUCCGGCCGUAUGAUCUUGUCGGCAUCCGGCUCAACUGGGACGAUCGCUCCAACAACGACCUGGAGGACAGCUACGGGCAGCAAUGGACCUAUGAGCAGCGUAAGAUAGUGGAGUUCACUUGCCACACAGCCUUUUUCGUCAGCAUCGUGGUGGUGCAGUGGGCGGACGUCAUCAUCUGCAAGACCAGGCGUAACUCUGUGUUCCAGCAGGGCAUGAGGAACAAGAUUUUGAUCUUCGGCCUGUUUGAGGAAACGGCCCUGGCUGCUCUCCUGUCUUACUGCCCAGGCAUGGACGUGGCACUACGGAUGUACCCGCUCAAGCCCAGCUGGUGGUUCUGUGCGUUCCCGUACAGUUUCCUCAUCUUUGUUUACGAUGAGAUCCGAAAACUCAUCCUUCGCCGAAACCCAGGAGGCUGGGUGGAAAGAGAAACAUACUACUAAAUUAUCAAGACAUCAUUUACUUCUCAGCCGUUCUCCCUCUCUUUCCUCCUUUCCUCCUUCCCUCCUUCCCUCCCCUCUCAACAACUGUUCAAGAAAAUAACCUUUACUCCUCCUCCUCCUCUCCAUCACCAUCCCUUAAAGUCAGAACAAAACAACGCGCGGACCAACAACAGAGGAGGAGAGGGUUAGGGUCUGUCUCUGUCCCUCUGUCCUCUCUGUCCUCUCUGUCCCUCUGUCCUCCUGUGUUAUCCAAAGUCUAAACAGCACAAGUCUGCCAGUAGCACUGAUGAGCCAAUCGUAUAAGUGCACUGUGAGCCGCGGCCCCUCUGCAUACAUGAAUAAAGAAUAUGAGACAAGUACAAAAACUAUUCCUAAGUGGCGAUUAGAGCGGGUGGGUGGUGUCUCUUUAGUUUUCUUGCCAGAGAGUAGCCACCCAGAUGCCGCUCCUAAAUCUCUGCCAUUUCCUGCCAUGCUCCAUCCCUUCCUCUCCUCUCUUUCUCUUCAUACGUACGCACUGCCAAGCUACUACUGCCGUCCUCCCUCCUCCUCCUCCUCCUCCUCCUCCUCCUCCUCCUCCUCCUCCUCCUCCUCCUCCUCCUCCUCCUCCUCCUCCUCCUCCUGCCCAUCAAUAAAGAAUCAAUCUCACUAUAAAACUUCACUCACGCCCUCAACAAGGUGGAAAAAAAGGUCACUUCCUCUGCCCCAUUCCCUGUCUGCCUUCCUCCCCCCAUGUGUUAUUUGUUGUUGUUUUCUAUUAGACGACUGGGUGUUUUUUAAGAAAUUGUUCGUAAAAGUUUUUUUUUUUUAAGUUUGGAGUGGGUCUGGAGAGCUGCUCGUUUUCAUUCAGACAUGACAAAGCACACUGUCUCUCCCUCUCUUCUUUCUCUCUCACACCCUGACUGACCCUCCCUCCUCACCCUGCCUGUUUAUCUGUCCCUGUCUGUCUGUUGGUGAACACCGUGCAAACCCUCCGUCCUUGUGAACCUCCACCCACUUUGAAUACCUGCCUCCUCUUAUUCUCCCACCCUUCCUCCCCCCUGCCCGCACCCCCUCUCUUUUCCUCAAACCCCCCCCCCCCCCCCCCCCCCCAACCUCACCCCUGUUUAAAAAUUACAAUCUUACUGUGUCCUCGGAAAAAGAGAAAUCUCUCUGAUUUCAUUAUUUAAAUCAGUGGAAAUAUGGAAUAAGGCACUGUACCUUAAAGGUGGGGUAAGUAAGUUUGAGAAACCGGCUCGAAAUACACUUGUUGUUAUAUUCCAUGGAAUGCUCUUAACAUCCCGAUAGCAAUGAAUAUCUUAAGUGCUUUGAUAAAAAAUCCAUAAAGAAAAGUCAUCUGUGGAAGCCGUAGUACUGUAAAAAGCACGACCAAUCAUCUGAGCCGGCCCGGCUAAAGUAACUGGAUGGCCUACCUGCCUGUCAGCCUUCCAUCUGUGCACAAACUUAUCUUGCGCCCUCAUUGGUCAUGUGCGCGUUCGUGUGUGUAGGAGGAGGGGCUCUGUAAGGAAGUGGUUGAUUUCUUCCGGCUGUGUAUUUUCAAAUUCUAGCGCACUCGAGCUGGUUUCUCCAAAAUGACCUACCCCACCUUUAACCUGCCAAACAGCAGCGAAAACAAAAAAAAUGAAAUGAAAUACAAUAGAAGGAUCUCUCUUUUUCAGCUUGGUCUCAAGUUUGUUUUUGUGUGGAGUUUUGUCAGAAAAUUGAAAUAAAUGCUGUAACCAACUCUUA